UGUCCUGUUCACUUUCAUUUAAAUAAGAGCAAUUAUCCACUUUACGCGUCUCUAAACCUUAUUGAACCACACAUGGCUAAUAACAAGCUACCUAGCUACGACGAAUUACCAAUUGAUAACAAAUACCCCGAUCAUACCGCCUGGGGUUUAUGGGGUGAUGAUGACAACCUUGGUACACUCAAUCUAUUGACAGAAGAAAGAAUAGCCAAUGCAGCUAAAUACAUUCGCCGUGGAGCUAUGUUCCCACUCAACUGGAAACUAGAAUCACCAAAUCCUGCUCUCUUAGGAAGAGCUGGAUUUGAGCACCAUUUAAAGCCCUUGAUAGAGGGAGCCAUAGCAUUCGAUGAUGUCUAUCAAAACUUCAAUACCCAAGCUUCUACCCAAUGGGAUGGUCUCUGCCAUCUAGGUCAUAUUGGCUCUGGCUGUUUUUACAAUGGCGUCAAGCCUUCAGAUAUCCUUAAUAAAUGUGGCCGUUUGGGUAUUCAUCACAUGGCUCGACGUGGUAUCGCUGGACGUGCUGUAUUACUUGAUUAUGGCAGAUGGGCAGAAACAAAUAAGCCUGAUUUUAAUCCUCUCAAGUACACUGAAAUUCCUGUUGAAGAGUUGGAUCAAGUUGCUGCUGCACAAGGUGUCACUUUCGAGAUUGGUGAUAUCCUUCUUCUUCGCACUGGUUGGAUCGCCGCCUAUGAGAAACAUGGUGAAAAAAUAAAGGAAUAUAUCCCAGACGUCCAUCAACCUGAAUGUGCAGGCGUUAAGGCAUGUCAAGAUACAUAUCGAUGGAUAUGGGAUCACCACUUUGCUGCAGUCGCUUCCGAUUGCUUCCCCUUUGAAGCCUUUCCUCCUAAGGACUGGAGUGACUCUUGUCACUCAGCCUUUCUUGGUGGCUUCGGUAUGCCUAUUGGUGAAAUGUUCUACUUGGACAAACUUGCAGAAGAUUCUGCCAAAGACAAUGUUUACACGUACUUCUUUACAAGUGCGCCUUUGAAUAAGGAACACGGUGUUGCUUCGCCUCCCAACGCUAUAUGUAUUAAAUAAACGCUCUCUAUCACUUGUCUUUGAUCUCAU